AUGUCGUACGCGAAUACAUCACGAUUCCUUAGACUGAUGAACUGUGACUUCUCAAAAACAGGUACCACAAGUCAUACACCUAACAUGGUUGACGGUGUAUCCGGUUCGCAGCGGUAUUCCCUUGGAAUACCUUCACCUCCAGCAAAAGUUACAGCUUCAAAAAGUGGGAAACGAAAUCCAUUAGAUGUUCCGCCUUUGAAUAAUUCAGCAUUUGUGGGGAGUAAUGACGACACAAGUGUAGACUCAAGCUCUCCGUAUGUAUCAGCAGAUGAACGCAUUUCACCAGAUUGUGGUUUGAAGAAAAGAGACCCCGCUCAAGAAGAAGUCAGUCCCGAAUUUCAAAUGCCUAAGAGAAAUCUAUCCCGUAGGCCUCCACCACCAGUCGUUGAUCUAAAUCUCGCGACACUCAAAAGUGGAGAUGCGCUGUUUACCGGUACGACUGUAAAAUCUGCUGAGGUGAAAUUUCAGUCAAUGGCGGAUGAAUCACAUCAUAAAAGGAACAAAUCUGAAAUCGAGCAGUUAUUGGAAGAUCUCGAGGACUACGAACAUGAGAGGAACGCUACAUUGCAGCUUGGCAAAGUGUCAGACCAGCCACCCGCCGCUGUUCACACUGAUGCGAAUGGGCUUUACACAGACGAAGUCGGAUUAACUUCAGAUGUGGGCUCUUUAAAUUUUGCUGAGUCUAUUUCCGAUUCGAUUCAACAAAGCCCAGUAGUAGCAACUCAAGACAACGCCCAGAUGUAUCAAUUUCCCGGUAAAGCAAAUACAGAACCUGAUAAAAAAAGCAUAGAAGGUCAGUUUUACGAGAAUCCACUGGGGUAUUCACCUACCGUUGGGUUCCCCAGUCAGGGCGAGAACCCCCACUCUGUUCAAAAGCAAACUCCUUUUGAAUUCUUCGACAACGACGUUGAGCAUAUUCGUGGACAAACAAGAUUAACACAUCAAGACGACGAUGACAGAUUCUUUGAAGAGCAACCCAGACAGUACAGAGUUGUCAACGAGGAGAAGCCCAAUUUUUACUUCAAUGAUAAUGAGAGUUUUACUGAAGACGAAAGUGUAUCUUUCAGCGAAGGUACACCGCCUGUCGAUCAAGGGCAAACUCUUAAUCUCAGUCCACUCGGUGCGGAAAGAGAUACUCAGGCAUUAACUGCCGAUCCAAGUUCACCUGUUACGAGUUCUUUGUACAUGCAAACUCCAGAACCAGUGAACACUGCAUCUCAAGCAUCUUCAAGCGAUCAUACCGGUGGCAUAGAAAAACUGGCCGUAAUCUCCAACUCGACGAGCCCAUCGACAGCACAAACAGAUAAAAAUGUACGAUUGGUUUCAAGUUAUGUGGAAGAACUACGAUUGAAAUACUUCCCUACCUCGAACUUCUUACAACCGCCUCCAAAUCUGCCCUUUGCACUGAAGAACAAGAACAAUUUGGAACAGCCUCAGAACAUUAAAGUUCGAAUCAGAACCAGUUCGAAACAAAUUGGUAUUAAACACGGCAAAGCCAAGCAGAAACUUCUUUCUCUGGAGACUGCCGACGAGGACGCCGAAGAAGAUAGUUUGCCACCCAGUCCUCAUGUAUCUACGUCGACCAAAGUCGAUCACACCAAAGAAUUCCAUCAGUAUUUGGGCAAAACCCGGCAUAUCCCACACCGAACUUCUUCUGCGUCUGACGAAGAUUUCAUGUGUGAAAUUCCUGGUGAUGAGGCAUAUAAUAGCGAUGAUAUACUGGCACCCCUGCGAGAAAGAAAGGAAGACGUAGUCAAAUUCCACGGACAAACUGCACAACCAGUACAUGCCAACACAAGACCGAGCAGAAGCGAUACAGUCACAAGCUAUUUUACUAGAAAGGCCAAUCGACUACGGAGUGGCACGCUAGAUGACAAUUACGUUCCAAACUUGACCGCCACCGCAGGUUCUGUCGGAAAUGCAGAACUAAGCACAAGUAUUUCCGCAGAUACAGCUGGCAGCUCGGAUGAAGUUGGUUCACUCAAGGACUUGGAGAAUUAUUCACCAGGACGCUAUGGUGACCUUAGAGUUAUGAAUUGA